CCCAAGCAGGCGGGGAUCCUGGUGCCCGGAAACGGCCAGCUCCUGGCCGAAGGGCCGGCUCCUGGGAGCCCAGCUUGAGGGGCUGGAGACCGUCCCCGUCUCUGGAAGCUCAGCGCCCCAGGUCUGACCGAGCGCCCGCCCCGCGGCCCACUCCCUGUGUGCCUGCGCGCCUGCGCAUCAGGUUCGGGCGCGCGAGCGUUCCUUUCAAGCCCCGCGUUCCUCCCUCCCCCGCGCGCCUGCGCGCCGGCUGGGAGGAACUCGGCGUUUCGGCCUCCGCGGGCGGGCGGACGCGCGCGUGCCCGCGGCGAGGGAGGCGGGCCGCGCGCACCGGUGGGAAGCGUCCGGCUGCCACAGCGCCAGCUCCGUCGUAGUCGCUGCCGCCCGGGUCCCGCUCGCCCCUCCUCCCCGCUCCCCCGCCCGCCGCCGCCCGGGCGCAUGCGCCGCCGGAGCGCGAGGGUCGGCUUCGGGUGUGUGGUGGCGGCAGAGCGGAGCUGCGAGGCCCGAGAGUCAGAACCUGGGGGAGAGGGAUGGUCUCUGCACGGGGGGGAGCCGGAGGAGCCGCCGCCGCUGCCGACGCCACCGCCGCAGCCGCCGCCGCCGCCGUCUCGGCGCCCGCCUCCCGGCGCUGACGGGCUCGUACGAAGCCGGCGAGGGAGAACCCGCACCAGCGGUCGCCGGCACACCGCCCAGCAUGGUCCGGGAAACCAGGCACCUCUGGGUGGGCAACUUACCGGAGAACGUGCGGGAAGAGAAGAUCAUCGAGCAUUUCAAACGAUAUGGCCGUGUGGAAAGUGUCAAAAUUCUCCCCAAGAGGGGAUCUGAAGGAGGAGUGGCCGCCUUUGUGGAUUUUGUGGACAUCAAAAGUGCACAGAAGGCUCACAACUCAGUCAACAAAAUGGGAGAUAGAGACCUACGCACGGAUUAUAAUGAACCAGGCACCAUUCCGAGUGCUGCUCGGGGAUUGGAUGAUACAGUUUCCAUAGCAUCUCGUAGUAGAGAGGUUUCUGGGUUCAGAGGAGGUGGUGGAGGGCCUGCCUAUGGCCCUCCACCAUCACUUCAUGCACGAGAAGGACGUUAUGAGCGGAGACUUGAUGGGGCUUCAGAUAACAGGGAGCGUGCUUAUGAACAUAGUGCCUAUGGACACCAUGAACGGGGGACGGGAGGAUUUGAUCGGACAAGACAUUACGAUCAGGAUUACUAUAGAGAUCCUCGCGAGCGGACUUUACAACAUGGGCUCUAUUAUACUUCUCGGAGUCGAAGUCCAAACCGUUUUGAUGCUCAUGACCCCCGAUACGAACCUAGGGCUCGGGAGCAGUUUACACUGCCCAGUGUGGUACACAGGGAUAUCUACAGGGAUGAUAUUACCCGGGAGGUACGAGGCAGAAGGCCAGAGCGGAAUUACCAGCACAGCAGGAGUCGGUCACCACAUUCAUCCCAGUCUAGAAAUCAGUCUCCUCAGAGGCUGGCUAGCCAAGCGUCUAGACCUACAAGGUCCCCUAGCGGCAGCGGCUCUAGGAGUAGAUCCUCCAGUAGUGAUUCAAUCAGCAGCAGCAGUAGUACCAGCAGUGACAGCACUGAUUCCAGCAGCAGUUCAAGUGAUGACUCUCCUGCCCGAUCGGUUCAGUCAGCAGCUGUCCCAGCACCCACUUCCCAGUUGCUUUCAUCCCUGGAAAAAGAUGAGCCCCGUAAAAGUUUCGGGAUCAAGGUUCAGAAUCUUCCAGUACGCUCUACAGAUACAAGCCUUAAAGAUGGCCUUUUCCAUGAAUUUAAGAAAUUUGGAAAGGUGACUUCAGUGCAGAUCCAUGGAGCUUCAGAAGAGAGGUAUGGUCUGGUAUUCUUUCGGCAGCAAGAGGACCAAGAAAAAGCACUGACUGCAUCAAAAGGAAAACUUUUCUUUGGCAUGCAGAUUGAAGUAACAGCAUGGAUAGGGCCAGAAACGGAAAGUGAAAAUGAAUUUCGUCCUUUGGAUGAAAGGAUAGAUGAAUUUCACCCCAAAGCAACAAGAACCCUCUUCAUUGGCAACCUUGAAAAAACCACUACUUACCAUGACCUUCGCAACAUCUUCCAGCGCUUUGGAGAAAUUGUGGAUAUUGAUAUUAAGAAAGUAAAUGGAGUUCCUCAGUAUGCGUUCUUGCAAUACUGUGAUAUUGCCAGCGUUUGUAAGGCUAUUAAGAAGAUGGAUGGGGAGUACCUUGGAAAUAAUCGCCUCAAGCUGGGUUUUGGAAAAAGCAUGCCUACAAACUGUGUGUGGUUAGACGGGCUUUCUUCAAACGUGUCGGAUCAGUAUUUAACACGACAUUUCUGCCGAUAUGGGCCUGUAGUAAAGGUGGUGUUUGACCGCUUAAAAGGCAUGGCUCUGGUUCUCUACAAUGAAAUUGAAUAUGCACAAGCAGCUGUAAAAGAGACCAAGGGGCGGAAGAUCGGCGGGAAUAAAAUUAAGGUGGAUUUUGCAAAUCGAGAAAGUCAGCUGGCAUUUUAUCACUGUAUGGAAAAAUCUGGUCAAGAUAUCAGAGACUUUUAUGAAAUGUUAGCAGAAAGAAGAGAGGAACGAAGGGGAUCUUACGACUAUAGCCAAGAUCGUACAUAUUAUGAGAAUGUUCGUACUCCAGGCGCAUAUCCUGAGGAUUCCAGACGGGACUAUCCAGCCCGAGGACGAGAAUUUUAUUCAGAAUGGGAAACUUACCAAGGAGACUACUAUGAAUCACGAUACUAUGACGAUCCUCGCGAGUACAGGGAUUACAGAAGUGAUCCUUACGAACAAGAUAUUAGGGAGUACAGUUACCGGCAAAGGGAACGAGAGCGAGAACGCGAAAGGUUUGAGUCUGACCGGGACAGAGACCACGAGAGGAGGCCGAUUGAGCGCAGCCAGAGCCCAGUGCACUUGCGGCGCCCACAGAGUCCUGGGGCGUCCCCCUCGCAGUCGGAGCGGUUGCCAAGUGAUUCCGAAAGGAGGAUUUACAGCCGAUCCUCAGACCGGAGUGGGAGCUGUAGCUCACUUUCUCCUCCAAGAUAUGAUAAACUUGACAAAUCUCGCUUGGAACGCUAUAGUAAAAAUGAGAAGACAGAUAAAGAAAGGACUUUUGAUCCUGAGAGAGUGGAAAGAGAGAGACGCUUAAUAAGGAAGGAAAAAGUGGAAAAGGACAAAACUGAAAAGCAGAAACGAAAAGGUAAAAUUCAUUCCCCUAGUUCUCAGUCUUCAGAGACAGACCAAGAAAAUGAGAGAGAACAGAGCCCUGAAAAAUCAAGGAGUUCUAAUAAACUGAGCAGAGAGAAAGCUGACAAAGAAGGAAUAGCAAAAAACCGCCUGGAGCUCAUGCCCUGUGUGGUUUUGACUCGAGUGAAAGAGAAAGAGGGGAAAGUUAUUGACCACGCUCCUUUGGAAAAGCUGAAGGCCAAGCUUGAUAAUGACACUGCCAAGUCUUCUGCCCUAGAUCAGAAACUCCAGGUCUGUCAGACGGAGCCUGCUAAGUCUGACGUGUCUAAACUGGAAUCUGUUCGAAUGAAAGUGCCAAAGGAAAAGGGACUGUCAAGCCACAUAGAGGUGGUAGAUAAGGAAGGUAGGCUUAAGCCCAGGAAGCACCUAAAACCAGAGCAGACUGCCGACGGGGUCAGCGCUGCAGAUUUGGAAAAACUGGAAGCAAGAAAGAGGCGUUUCGCAGAUUCCAAUCUGAAAGCAGAAAGGCAAAAACCAGAAGUCAAGAAAAGUAGUCCAGAGGCGGAAGACACUCGGGUACUUUUAAAAAAGCAGCCUGACCUACCAUCUAGAGAUGUCAUUCUACUGAGGGAAGGAGAAUCAGAAAGAAAGCCUGUGAGGAAAGAAAUUCUUAAACGAGAAUCUAAAAAAAUCAAACUAGACAGACUUACUGCUGUUCCCAGCCCCAAAGACUGUCAGGAGCUUGCCAGUGUUUCUGCUGGGACUGGCUCGAGGCCCACCUCAGACCUGCAAGCGAGGCUGGGAGAACUGGUGUGCGAAUCUGUGGAAAAUCAAGAAAUCCAGUCAAAAAAACCCAUUUCCUCAAAACCACAACUCAAACAGCUGCAGUUACUAGAUGAUCAGGGACCAGAGAGAGAAGAUAUUAGGAAAAACUAUUGCAGUCUUCGCGAUGAGACACAUGAAUGCAAAUCAGGCCAAGAGAAACCACAGUCAGUAAAUACUGAAGAAAAAAUUGGCAUUGAUAUUGAUCACACGCAGAGUUACCGAAAACAAAUGGAGCAGAGUCGUAGAAAACAGCAGAUGGAGAUGGAAAUUGCCAAGUCUGAGAAGUUCGGCAGUCCUAAAAAAGAUGUAGAUGAAUAUGAAAGACGGAGUCUGGUUCACGAGGUGGGCAAACCCCCCCAGGAUGUCACGGAUGACUCUCCUCCCAGCAAAAAGAAAAGGGUGGACCACGUUGAUUUUGAUAUCUGCACCAAGAGAGAGAGGAAUUACAGGAGUUCACGCCAAAUCAGUGAAGACUCCGAAAGGACUGGCGGCUCUCCCAGUGUCCGGCACGGUUCCUUCCAUGAGGAGGAUGACCCUGUGGGCUCCCCGAGGCUCAUGUCAGUAAAAGGGUCUCCUAAAGUAGAUGAAAAAGGUCUCCCCUAUUCUAACAUAACAGUCAGAGAAGAGUCCUUAAAGUUUAAUCCUUACGAUUCUAGCAGGAGAGAACAGAUGGCAGACAUGGCCAAAAUAAAGCUCUCUGUCUUGAGUUCUGAAGAUGAACUAAAUCGGUGGGAUUCUCAAAUGAAACAGGAUGCCAGCAGAUUGGACGUGAGUUUCCCAAACAGCAUAAUUAAGAGAGACAGCCUUCGGAAGAGGAGUGUACGUGACUUGGAACCUGGUGAGGUGCCUUCUGAUUCCGAUGACGAUGGCGAGCACAAGCUCCACUCCCCCAGAGCCUCUGCUUUAUAUGAGAGCUCUCGGCUGUCUUUUUUAUUGAGGGACAGAGAAGAUAAACUGCGUGAGCGAGAUGAAAGACUCUCCAGCUCUUUAGAAAGGAACAAAUUUUACUCUUUUGCUCUGGAUAAGACCAUCACACCAGACACCAAGGCUUUGCUCGAGAGAGCUAAAUCACUGUCUUCAUCUCGAGAAGAAAAUUGGUCUUUUCUUGAUUGGGACUCCCGUUUUGCUAAUUUUCGAAACAACAAAGAUAAAGAAAAGGUUGACUCUGCCCCGAGACCUAUUCCGUCCUGGUACAUGAAAAAGAAAAAAAUUCGGACUGAUUCGGAAGGAAAAAUGGAUGACAAAAAAGAUGAUCAUAAAGAAGAAGAACAGGAAAGACAAGAAUUAUUUGCAUCUCGUUUUUUACACAGCUCGAUCUUCGAACAAGAUUCCAAGCGACUGCAGCAUCUAGAGAGAAAAGAUGAAGACUCAGACUUCAUUUCUGGUAGGUUGUAUGGGCGGCAGACAUCCGAUGGCGCAAACAGCACAGCCGAUUUGAUUCAAGAGCCCGUAGUUCUUUUCCAUAGCAGAUUUAUGGAACUCACACGAAUGCAACAGAAAGAAAAGGAAAAAGACCAAAAACCCAAAGAGGUUGAGAAACAGGAAGAUACUGAGGAUCAUCCUGAGACCCCAGAAUCGGCUUCUGAGAGUAAAGAGUCAGAACUGAAGACUCCCCCUCCGACUGGGCCUCCUGCCGUCACAGCUGCAGCUCCAGAGUCAGCCUCGUCGUCACUGGAGAAGACGACAGCCAGUGAAAAAGCAGGGGAGGUGCCACUGGCGACAGAAGAGAAACCCAGGGAGCUGGCCUCCACCUCAGAAGAAGCAAAGCCCGUGUCUGAGCAGGCGCCCACCGCUGUGCAGCAAACUGAACAGGCCGACCUGCCCUCAGGAGUGGACACCAGGAAAGACGCUGCUGGGCCUCCCUCGGUUGCGGAAGAGGGCUCGUCCGCUGACCCGCUGCCUUACCUGGACACCAAGCCCCCGACUCCCGGGGCCUCGUUUUCCCAGGCGGAGGUCACCGCAGAUCCGGAGCCUGAUAGUGCCCAGCCGCCUUCGAAACCGACCCAGAAGCCUGAGGAAGCCGAUGAGCCAAAAGUGGAAAAGCCAAACUCCACUGCUGACGUUGAACCUAACGCAAAUCAGAAAGCUGAAGUUGUCCCUGAGGUUCAGCCUCAAGCUUCUGAAGACGUUGAGGUUGAGCCUCCGGUGGCUGCAAAAGAUAAAAAGCCAAACAAAAGCAAGCGUUCCAAGACCCCCGUCCAGGCCGCCGCAGCAAGCACUGUGGAGAAGCCGGUCACCAGGAAGAGCGAGCGCAUAGACCGGGAGAAACUCAAGCGGUCCAGUUCUCCUCGGGGAGAAGCCCAGAAGCUUCUAGAGUUGAAGAUGGAGGCAGAGAAGAUUACCAGGACUGCCUCUAAAAACUCAGCCGCAGAUGCGGAACACCCUGAACCAAGUCUGCCCCUCAGCCGAACAAGGCGCCGGAACGUGAGGAGUGUCUAUGCGACCAUGGCUGACCACGAGAGCCGCUCUCCUGUCAAGGAGCCCGCGGAGCAGCCGCGAGUGACCAGGAAGAGACUGGAGCGAGAGCUUCAGGAGGCCGCGGCGGUCCCCACCACCCCGAGGAGGGGGAGGCCUCCGAAGACGCGCCGCCGCGCUGAAGAGGAAGAGGAGACUGAGGUGAAGGAACCAGUUGAGACCGUCAGACCCGCCGAGGGAUGGAGGUCCCCACGGGCCCAAAAGUCAGGGGCUGCUGGCGGCCCGCAGGGCAAAAGGGGGAAAAAUGAGCCAAAAGUAGAUGCUGAACGUCUGGAAGCCGCAGCUGAGGUGAGUCCCCAAGUAAACGUGAAAGAAAACACAAAAGCCAAAGCGGAUAAAGAAGAAGCAGGAAGUGAACAAAAACGUGACAGGAAGGAACUUAGCACAGACAGAGACGCACCAGAAGCCCCUGCAGUUGAAGUGGCGGAGAAAAAAACAGCGCCUGAAAAAAACUCCAAGUCCAAGAGAGGAAGAUCUCGAAACUCCAGGUCGGCAGCGGACAAGGCUGCAAAUCUGAAAAGCGUGGACGCCGGCGUGCGUCCGAGUGCGGCGGCAGGCCCCGGGGCGCUGGCGGUGGACAAGGAAGCGGAGGCGGCGGCUGGCCCCGCCGAGAAGAGCGAGAGUCCGCAGAAGGAAGGGAGCUCGUCAUCCCAGCUGAGCAGUGGUCCAGCCCCUCCGGACACGGCAGCGGAGGAGAAGGAAGGGGUGUCGGCCUCCGCACCUUCCCCGGAAGCCAACCAGUUAGCCAAGCAGAUGGAGCUGGAGCAGGCUGUGGAGAACAUCGCGAAGCUCACCGAAAGCGCCACCGCGGCCUUCAAGGCGGCGGCCGCGGAUGCGCCAGAGGGCCUCUCCACCGAGGACGGGGACAAGCCGGCACACCAGGCGAGUGAGACGGAACUGGCUGCAGCCAUUGGCUCCAUCAUCAAUGACAUCUCUGGGGAGGCAGAGAGCUUCCCAGCAGCUGCACCUUACCCUGCAGAAUCCCAGACAGAUCUGCAGCCCCGCUCGCAGGCGCCACAGCCCCCUGGGGAAGGAAUGGAGCCCGAGACCAAUGAGGCCGUGUCUGGCCUCUUGGAGACCGAAGCUGCUACAGAAUCUUCUGGGCCACCAGCCAGUGCCCCUGACCCCUCAGCAGGCCCAGCAGAUACCAAGGAAGCUGGGGGGAAUAGUGGCGAGACCUCCCAGCCAGUGCCAGAAGCCAGAGGACCAAAAGAAGCAGAAGUCCCUCUUGCUCGGAAAGAGAAGGGGCGCCAGAAGACCAGUCGAUCACGUCGCAAACGGAAUACAAAUAAGAAAAUGGGGGGCACUGCAGAGACCCAGGUCGCCGAACCUGACCAAAUGCAAAGCAAGAGUCCCGCUACAGCUGAGGGGACGGCGGUGCCACCCCCAGAAACUCCACAGGAAGAGCAGCAGGGAGAAAAGCCCCAGUCUGCUCCGCCCCCCGAGUCCUGUGCUUCCGACCCAAGCAAGACUCCGUCCAUCGAGAAUCUGUCCCAAGAGAGCAGUGUUGAAGCAAAGACUCCCACCAGAGCGCCCGCGCCUCCAGCCCUUCCCCCUCCCUCCCAGCCCGCAGCAGUGGAGGAGGAGCCGCAAGCCAGAUUCAAGGUGCAUUCCAUCAUUGAAAGUGACCCCGUGACCCCACCCAGUGACUCGAGCACACCCACCCCCACGGUCCCUUUGGUAACUGCAGCAAAGCUCCCACCCCCUGUUGCCUCUGGUGGCGUGCCACACCCGAGUCCCCCUCCUAAGGUCACGGAGUGGAUCACCAGGCAGGAGGAGCCUCGGGCUCAGUCCACCUCAUCUCCAGCUCUUCCCCCAGACACAAAAGCUUCUGACAUUGACACCAGCUCCAGUACGCUGAGGAAGAUCCUCAUGGACCCCAAGUAUGUCUCCGCCGCUGGCAUCACUUCCACGAGUGUCACAACUGCCAUUGCGGAGCCUGUCAGCGCUGCCCCUUGCCUGCACGAGGUGCCACCCCCGCCUCCAGUUGAGCCUAAAAAGCCACUUGUAGAAGAAAAACCAGCAGCUCCAGUACCCAACACCUCUGAUACGCAGGCCCCAGAGGUUCCAGUAGCGGCUGAAAAGGAAAAGGUGACUCCAGUCAUCGCUCCCAAAAUCACUUCUGUGAUUAGCCGGAUGCCUGUGAGCAUUGAUCUGGAGAACUCGCAAAAGAUAACUCUGGCAAAACCAGCUCCACAAACCCUGACCGGCCUGGUGAGUGCUCUGACGGGCCUGGUGAACGUCUCCUUGGUCCCAGUGAAUGCCCUGACCGGCCCCGUGAAUGCCCUGAAGGGCCCCGUGAAGGGCUCGGUGGCCACGCUGAAGGGUUUGGUGAACACUCCUGCGGGUCCCGUGAACGUCCUCAAGGGGCCAGUGAAUGUUCUGACGGGGCCGGUGAACGUUCUCACUGCUCCGGUGAAUGCCGCCGUGGGCGCGGUGAAUGCAGCCGCGGGCACGGUCAACGCCACUGUGGGCACCGUGAACGCCACCGCCGGCGCCAUGAAUGCAGGCGCCGUGACCGUCACAGCGGGGGCAGUGACCGCUGCAUCUGGCAGUGCGACCGCCACCACAACAGGCACAGUGACGGUGGCAGGUGCAGUGAUCACACCGUCGGCAAAGUGCAAACCCAGAGCCAGCACUAAUGAGAACAGUCGGUUUCACCCGGGGUCUAUGUCCGUGAUCGACGACCGCCCGGCAGACACCGGCUCUGGUGCUGGGCUGCGUGUGAACACAUCUGAAGGGGUCGUGCUCCUGAGCUACUCGGGGCAGAAGACUGAAGGCCCGCAGCGGAUAAGCGCCAAGAUCAGCCAGAUCCCCCCGGCCAGUGCCAUGGACAUCGAAUUCCAGCAGUCAGUGUCCAAGUCCCAGGUCAAGCCUGAUUCUGUCACCCCGUCACAGCCUUCGCCCAAAGGCCCCCAGGCUCCUUCGGGCUAUGCCAAUGUGGCCACUCACUCUACUCUGGUACUGACGGCCCAGACGUAUAACGCAUCUCCUGUGAUUUCAUCCGUGAAGGCGGACCGUCCGUCCUUGGAGAAGCCCGAGCCCAUUCACCUCUCUGUGUCCACACCUGUCACCCAGGGCGGCACAGUGAAGGUUCUCACCCAGGGCAUAAACACGCCCCCAGUGCUGGUUCACAACCAGCUGGUCCUCACCCCAAGCAUAGUCACCACUAAUAAAAAGCUUGCCGACCCUGUCACCCUCAAAAUAGAGACCAAGGUCCUCCAGCCAGCGAAUCUGGGGUCCGCCCUCAAUCCCCACCACCCUCCUGCUCUGCCCAGCAAACUGCCUGCAGAAGUGAACCACGUCGCCUCGGGGCCCAGUACCCCGACGGAUCGAGCGGUCACCCACUUGGCAGCCACAAAGCCAGAUGCGCACUCUCCUCGGCCUGGCGGGCCGGCGCCGGCCCCGUUCCCCAGAACGUGCCACCCCAGCAGCACCGCGUCUGCCGCGCUCUCCACGAACGCCACGGUCAUGCUGGCUGCGGGCAUUCCCGUGCCUCAGUUCAUCUCCAGCAUACACCCGGAGCAGUCUGUCAUCAUGCCGCCCCACAGCAUCACCCAGACUGUGUCCCUGAGCCACCUGUCCCAGGGCGAGGUGAGAAUGAACACUCCCGCGCUACCCAGCAUCACGUACAGCAUCCGGCCGGAGACCCUUCACUCUCCGCGGGCCCCUCUGCAGCCCCAGCAGAUAGAGGUCAGGGCCCCGCAGCGCGCGGGCACACCCCAGCCGGCCGCAGCCGGCGUGCCGGCCCUGGCCCCCCAGCACCCUCCCGAGGAGGAAGUGCAUUACCACCUUCCUGUCGCUCGAGCUGCGGCCCCCGUGCAGUCCGAGGUGCUGGUCAUGCAGUCCGAGUACCGCCUGCACCCCUACACCGUGCCCCGGGACGUGAGGAUAAUGGUGCAUCCGCACGUGACAGCGGUCAGCGAGCAGCCUCGGGCGGCCGACGGGGUGGUGAAGGUGCCACCGGCCAGCAAGGUCCCACAGCAGCCCGGGAAGGAUGCUGCCAAGACGGCGGAAGCCAAGGCGGCCCCGGCCCCCGCCCCCCACGGGGAGGCCCGCAUCCUCACGGUCACCCCCAGCAACCAGCUGCAGGGGCUGCCUCUGACCCCGCCUGUGGUGGUGACCCACGGCGUGCAGAUCGUGCACUCCAGUGGGGAGCUGUUCCAGGAGUACAGAUACGGAGACAUCCGCACCUACCACGGCCCUGCUCAGCUCACGCACACUCAGUUUCCUGCCGCCGCCUCCAUCGGUCUACCUCCUCGGACCAAGGCUCCCGCUCAGGGCCCAGCUCCUGAAGGUGAGCCCUUGCAGCCCACUCAGCCUACACAGUCUACACAGCCUGCCCAACCCGUGCAGUCCACGCAGCCUGCCCAGCCCACGCAGCCUUGCCAGCCCACCCAGCUCAGCCAGCCGGGCCAGCCACCAAGCGGCAAGAUGCCUCAGGUCUCCCAGGAGGCGAAGGGGACCCAGACAGGAGUAGACCAGCCUCGCCUCCCAACCGUGCCUGCGAGCAGGCCAGCCGAGCCGCAUGUGCAGGUUCAGAGGGCGCAGGCAGAAACGAGCCAGACCUCCUACCCCUCCCCCGUGUCCGUCUCCAUGAAGCCUGACCUCCCGGCCCCUCUCCCUGCUCAGGCUGCCCCAAAGCAGCCGUUGUUUGUCCCCACAACCUCAAGCCCCAGCACCCCUCCAGGACUGGCUCUGACACACACCGAAGCCCAGCCCGCUCCCAAACCGGAUUCUGCUCCACACCUGACUUCCCAGAGGCCUGUGGAUAUGGUCCAGCUUCUGAAGAAGUACCCCAUCGUGUGGCAGGGCCUCCUGGCCCUCAAGAACGACACGGCUGCCGUGCAGCUGCACUUCGUCUCUGGCAACAACGUGCUGGCCCAUCGGUCUCUGCCCCUCUCUGAAGGCGGCCCCCCGCUGAGGAUCGCCCAGAGGAUGCGGCUGGAGGCCUCGCAGCUGGAAGGGGUUGCCCGAAGGAUGACGGUGGAGACGGAUUACUGUCUGCUGCUGGCUCUGCCCUGUGGCCGUGACCAAGAGGAUGUCGUGAGCCAGACCGAGUCCCUCAAGGCGGCCUUCAUCACCUAUCUGCAGGCCAAGCAGGCGGCAGGGAUCAUCAACGUCCCCAACCCUGGCUCCAAUCAGCCUGCCUACGUGCUGCAGAUCUUCCCACCCUGCGAGUUCUCGGAGAGCCACCUGUCCCGUCUGGCCCCCGACCUCCUUGCCAGCAUCUCCAACAUUUCUCCCCAUCUUAUGAUUGUCAUCGCCUCCGUGUGAGCCACUGAAUGGCCGCCACUCGGUGUAUUUCCCUGAGGCUCUGCAGCAAAAAGUAAACCCAGGACCCCCCAGUCGCCUGGAGGAAGCAGCUGCUGAAGGGGACACCCUCCACUGCCAGCCGCCAGCCUCGCCCUCGAGCCCGCUCCCCGCCAGGCUCCGGGGGACAAACCCCUCUGGGCAGUGGUGCUGCUACCUGUGUGUUUACAUGACAUUAGCCCGAGGACAGACCACCAACCGAUGGACUCUGCAGACACCUUGGGGCUGGGUUUCUCUCUCCUCUUUUGGGAGAAAAGGAACUGGGCAGUGGAAUUAAUUUUUUGUUGUUUUUGUUUUUAAGAAACAAAACAGAACUGCCUUUGCACUAAAUUAGUGACUUGGACUUUUGCACAGUGAAGACAGGCUGUGGCACUCUGGAUGUCCUGGUGUACCUGAAAACACACAUCGAGGACUCGAGCGCAGGACGUCCGGCUUCUGCUGAAACACUGGGGUCAGGGAACGUUUCGCUGGGUUGUUUUGUCCCCACCUGCCCUUCCCCGUGCUCAUUUGGAUGCGUCACCUUUCUGAAUUCUCCUGCCGCCAUCUUUGAUUCACCCGGAUGUACAGUUUACAAGCGCAGAAGAGCAAACAGAAGGAUUUUCUUUCCUGGUGGGAUAUGCAGAACUUGGGAUGUGUGUAUAUAUAAAUAUAUAAUAUAUAUAAAUAUAUAUAAUACUGACUUAAAAAAUCAAAUUCCCCUGACAUACAUUUUUUUUAAUCUGUGCCAAAAAUGUGUUUUCAGAGAAAAAUCUUAUUUUCAUACUCAGACUUUGUAUUGUCACUCAUUUGUAUAAGUGCGCUUCGUUACAGCACGGGCCCUGCCCCCGCGAUUUGGAAGUGUCACACACACAAAAAAGACUGUACAAAAAAGACUGGCUUCCCCUCUUCCUGUUACCUUGACCUCUUCUCCCCCCUCCCCCAACUUCCUAACACUUAUUAAUUUAUGAAACUGGUUUUCUCAGCGCAGUUUUGUUUUGUGUGUCCAUUGGAUUACAAACUUUAUUAAAAAAUACAAAACACGU